AGGACGUAUAGUAAAUGAGUUUUAUUUUUCUUUUCCUUGCUUAAAAAAGGGAACUAGUUUUAUGCUGCAAAAGCAAUGGACCAACAACAGCACUAUGUUCUUCAUUCAGAGCUUUCAGAAUAAAUAAAAAUAGAUAAUGAAGCUGUUUUGUUAGGUGAUGACGGUAAGAGGGGGUUUUCUAUUUCCUCUUAUUUUAGCCAAGGUAAAUAAUCUGGUAACAUAAUGCCCUUUCAACUUGGAACUCUAGGAGGUUCGGGGGGGGGAUGGUGUUUAAUUGCAGUAAAUUGUUCCAUAAAUUUGUUGCCUAUGCCAAACAAAAGCAGAGCUCUGCAAGUCUGGUUAGUGUGUCUGGAGAAUUAAAAUGUUUUCAUUGAAAUAACUUGCAUAUUCUGAAAUAUCACAAACAUAACAGGUUUUUUUUUUGAAUACCGUUGAAAAUUCAGUUAAUUAUUUACUAAAGUAAUACUCAGUGAGUUUUCACAGAGUAGUGGAAAGCUUUGAUGGAGGCAGUGCUGAAGAUGAGACUUAAAAGCUGGAUUUUCUUCAUAGUUACGAUGAGUUCAGGCAAAGUCUUUGCAGAAGAUGAACCUUGCAAUUUGCCACAUAUAGAAAAUGGAAAGAUUGCCCAGUACUAUUAUAAUUUCAAGAGUUACUAUUUCCCUAUGCGCAAGGAAAGAAAGCUUUCCUAUUCUUGUGUGGCUGGUUAUACAACUGAAAUGGGGAGGCAAGAUGGAAGAAUAACUUGUACAGGAAAAGGAUGGUCUCCAGAGCCACAGUGCUACAAAAAAUGUACCAAGCCUCUUUUGGAAAACGGCAUUUUUUACGGUACAGAAGUAUACUUCAAACUACAGGAGAAACUAAAAUACAAAUGUAAUUCAGGCUACUACUCUCCAAGCGGUGGAACCGAAGGAAUGGUGCAGUGCCAUCCUGGAGGAUGGUCUUCCCAGCCAAGCUGCACUAAAAGAAGUGAGUCCUGUCAAGUACCUAUUUUACGUCAUGGCUCCUACUUCACGACGCAGCGAGUGCUGCAGGUGAAUGARACGCUGCGCUACAGAUGCGACGAGGGCUAUCGUACGGCCGGAGGAAAGGCAACGGGAGCAGCAGUAUGUCUAACAUUUGGCUGGUCCCUCACGCCAAACUGCACUAAAACAACUUACUGCUCCUUGAGUGCAAUAGAACAUGGAGGUUUCUAUCCUGUGAAGAAAAUCUAUGACGAGGGAGACGUAGUUCACUUUUUCUGUGAGAAAAACUACUCUUUCAGCGACUCUGACCUGAUUCAGUGUUACCAUUUUGGAUGGUAUCCAGACCCACCAAUAUGCGAAGAUCUAAAAAGUAAAUGCCCUCCUCCACCUCUUCUUCCUCAUGCCCACGUUGUCACGGCUUUAAGAACAUACCAUAAUGGAGACAAAGUUCGAAUACGGUGUCAGAGUAACUUUGAAAUGCGAGGCCCAGAGGAAAUCCGGUGUGAAAAGGGAAGAUGGACCUCACCCCCUAUUUGUAUUGGCGCUAUGGAUAAAUGGGAAUCUGAGCCACCACCAUCACUUGAGGCAGAURCAGCAAGAAGAACAAACAAAACAUAUCAUAACGAAGAUAUAAAUCCCAUCUCAGAAAUGCAGCAAAACUGUACCUCUCCACCUGUGAUCAGAAAUGGUAUCCUCCUUGGCCYGUUACAGAGGAGUUACCAAAAUGGUUCCUCAGUGGAAUACAGUUGCCARCGCUACCAUGUUUUGGAUGGACCUAGUACUGUUUACUGUGAACAAGGACACUGGACCCAACAACCAACUUGCUUAGAACCAUGCACUCUUAAUGCAACCAAAAUGAAUAGUAACAACAUAGAGCUAAAAUGGAAACAGGAAGGAUUAAUUUUCCUGCACGGAGACCUCGUAGAGUUUGAAUGUAAACAAGGAUACAAUUUUCCCCAAACUACCAUAACAUCUCCUGGAAGGACACAGUGCAACCGUGGAGGAGUGAAAUAUCCAAAAUGCAUUGCAAAAGCUCCUAUGGAAAAAUGUGGCUCUCCACCUUCUAUUGAGAAUGGAGCACUUACUCUGCCAGCCCUGSCUGAGUAUGAUAGUGGUUCUUCAGUUCAGUAUAACUGCUCUGAGCAUCAUACCUUGCAAGGAUCUGACAGGAUCUACUGUUCUGUGGGACAGUGGACCUCRCCACCAGUUUGUAUAGAACCAUGCAUGUUGUCAAAAAAUGAAAUGGAGAAAAAUAAUGUGAUGCUGGAAAGUUUUUAUGCAAAUCAAGUUUACUUUUACCAUGGGGAUUUUGUUGGAUUUUACUGUAAACAGAACCAUUCUGCAGCAGAAUCUGGUACAACUUUAUUUCAAGUGCAGUGUAAGAGAGGACAGCUGAUCUAUCCAAGGUGUGUUGAAAGAGGAAAAUGAGUCCAUUGAGAAGCUACUGUUGGGACUUUGCCAAUGAACACAUUGCUUGGCUGACGAGCUGAAGAAAAUCCCAGCAACAUGGAGAAUAUUUGCCUCCCAUCUAUUGAAUGUGAAUAAGAAAAGAGUCACUCUAAAGUCUCUCUUCUGCUUUGUAUCUCUAAACUCCAUUUUCUGAUAUUUUUGCAUGUAUGUCCCUUAGAUGAUUUUACAUUGCUUUUUAGAUGCCGUGUGAAUAAAUGAAAGAGCUAAGACAUUAAAGCAUUCAAGAAAUAGGUACUUACUUUUUUAAUCAAAGCCUGGUUAAUUAUUUAAGUUAUUUAAAGUAGUAUUCCAACAUAUUUUUGUAAACUAUUAUCAAGAUAUGGCUUUGUAAGAUGGUAUAUAAAAUAACGAAGACAGAGCAAUGAGAUAAAACGAUUUAGUAUAAUGAAUUUCUUACAAGUAGAUCUGAGCUCAGCAUGGAAUUUAUUUAUAGGUCAUGGUAAGAAGAAUGAUCUUUAGAAUUUAAAUUUGUGGCUGUCCUCCGUUAAUUAUGUAAGAAUUUAGUUAAACAAUAUGAUAUGAGAUAAAAUUUCAUCCAGUAAAUUGUGGUGUGRUGUAUUGAGCAUUGUAACCUUCAUAGCUGCUAUCUAAAAUUGCUAUAUAUCCAGAAACUUUUUCUUCUGAAGCUAAAAUACAUAGAAAUUUGUUUCAGUAUCUGAAUUUUUACUUCUUAAUUAUUCC